CACCACAUUCUUUUCCCUAGAUACAUUCGUUCGUUGGUUCAUUUUAUACACUCGUUUAACAUUCGCUUCGACGUUGUAGAUUGCUGCAGCCACUGUUUCCAUUUUCUUACCAAUAAUUGCUUGCCCAGGUGGUAGGCUUACAGAGAAUUUGUCCAUCAUGCGUCUUCCCAACCUUACCGCCAUCGUCAUGCUGGGCCUUGGCCUUGCGGAUGCGUUGGCUAUCCCUGACUCCAGUGCAAACUCCGGGUCAGCUCUGGAGCUGUUCAACCGCGCCGCGCCGGCCUGCAAGAUCGGAGACAAGGCUUGCGGCGCAGGAGGCUGCCCCAGCAUGAAAAGCACGCUCAAGCAAACCUGCAAGGCGGCCAAGAAGAAACGACCCGGCAAGGUCGGCAGAGCACUCGACGUGGCCGACGAGCUGUGGGACCGGGCCACAAACGGUGGGAAGAAAAGCAAGCAAUGCCCUACAGACAAACCCAAGAAACCCACCAAGAAGAAGCCCAAGACCAAGAAACCAAAGACUAAGAAACCCAAGACAAAAAGACCCAGCAAGGUUCGCACUCGACCUUCUCGCGCGAAGAAGCCCAAAGCCUGCAAGGGCCGACGAUGCAGACGCGAGGACGAAGCUGAGCUCCUGGAGUCUCCCACGUACUUCCACGUGAAAGACAGCCGCGAUGUGGUCAACGACGGCGUCGAAAAGCUCAAUGGCUUUGGCGAAGAGCUCUCGGACGAGUUCGAAGGCCUCUUCGGCCUGGUGAAGCGGGCAGGCGCCUUCAUUGAAAAGCGCAUGCCCCAGGGCGUCAAGAUGGACGAAGGCAAAGGGCGAAAGUGGAAAGAAGGCAACACCAUGUCCACGACUGGAAUCAGUGCUUGUUCCGUCUUGGUUGUCUACUCCAACGUCGAGAUCGCCAUGGCUCACAUUCCCCCCGGCCGCCUCACGAAUGGUGUCUACACCCCCGGUGAAGAAGUUACCGCGGAACAUUUGCGGAAACUCGACGGAGAAUUCAGCUUCUUCAGUGGAGGUGCGAAGGCUAUCUUUUACUACAAUUCUCAAUUGGACCCGGACAGAGUCCAGCAGGUCGAGAACUGGCUUACGGAGAAGGGAAUUACCGCCAGCGAGAGAGACAUCAAGGACCAUGUAGGCGGUUUCGGAGGCAGCGGACACUUUGAAGUGACCCAUCGAGGUAAUGGUAAGAAGGCGACCGUUAGUUUUGGUUAGGUUCCAUUUAUCAGGGUUAGACUGAGAAACUUUUGCAUACGGAAUGGAGGCUGGGCUUCGUAUAUAGAAUUGUUCGUGCAUAGGCGU